CGCUGACGCUGACAUAUCAUGCACACCUUGUUUCCAGCACACCUCGUUUCUAGGAGGAGAAAAAGGUUUGUACAAUUUGCAACAUUGCUUUAAUAGAGAUUGAUAUGGAUGAAAAUGGAUUUGUGAUUUGUAAGUUGUUGCUGUUCUGGUAAAUGAAGUAAUUCUGCUUCAGUUUUCUUGUGAAGUGAACUUCUGAUUCUGUAGAGGAGCUGGAGCCGCCGCGUAUACGGAAAGCUGCGCUUUCUCCUACUGCCGUCGGCGCCAGGUUUCUUCGGACUUGAUCACCAGAAUAAGGCCCUAAGCAGCUAUUGCGAAAUUAUUGUUUCGCAACCAACAACAAAGAAUUCCAACUUGAGACCUAUGGAGGAAGUAUCUUCAAGGACAACUUCAAUUUUCUGAUCAACUUCAACGUGCGCGCAAGAACAGUAUCAAGAUUUAGAACUUUUUAUCAAGUUCAAGGACGGAGUUAUCAACCUCAGCUUCAACCUCAGCUUCGACUUGAACCUUCAACCUCAGCUUCAACCUCAGCUUCGACUUGAACCUUCAGCCUCAACUUCGACGUCAACUUCAACCAACUCCAUCGACUUGAACCAACUCCAUCGACUUGAACCAACUCCAUCGUUUUGUACACUUGUACACUUGCACGACAUUUGCACACUUGCACACUUCCGCACUUCCGCAGAAUGGGCCUGAUACGAGUACCACAGGAGCUGUACAGUCCAGAGCUUCAGGAUGACUUGGAGUUGAAGAGCAAUGGCGGACCCUACUUGCGGAAAUUCGCAUUCUUACAGGUAACAAUUCGACUGCCAGAAAAGCGCGUCAUAAAUUUUAAGGAUGUGGUGAUAAGUCGCUCGAGACUGUGCGCCAUGGAUAGGUUAAGUAUUUCUACCACACCUUUAAUUGGGCAUUAGUUUUCAUUUCGUUCAACAUCUCCUUCGGGUAGUGAAAUCGUUGGUUAUGUAAUUGCUGUGAAGAUCUUCCGACUCCUGCCUCAUCAUGAUGGUGCUCAGUGGCUUCCUACAAAUCAUCCACUUCUUCUAUCAUGGAAUCAUAGUCUAAGGAUCGGAUUGCGAUGAUAUACGGCUUUCUGCCGUUCCUUCUGGGCCUCUCGUUUUUAGUCGGAUACGUUGUGACUUAAGGCGGACGGAGUAUUGUUUUUCUAUCAAUGUCUUUGUCUUUCCUUUGUGCAGUUCCUGGAGUAUUACCCUGAGCGCUGCUGAGAAUCCACGCAUUUACUUGUUUGAAAUCGAGGACCCGAAGACGGGGGAUGAGUCACUCGUGAGAUGAGUCACUCCACUAAAUCAAAAAAAAUACGUAACCGCCUUAUGAAGCUCAAAUCUUCCGACUGUACACUGACAAGUGACAGGAAGUAGUCAACCCAGAAGAUGACUAACCUCGAAUCAGUAUCAUCACUCACGGCCGGAAGUAAAGGAACUGUAAUACACAGUAUUCCUAUUUCAUCAUCUUCUAAGUAAUGCAGCGAUUUGUUUUCCUGUAUGUGAACAUCGUUGGGCUUUCGCUUCUAGCCGUAAACGAGCUAGCGCUGAAGCCACUCUUGCGCGACCCACGACCACCCGAAACAGCAAACCGGCAAGCCGAUGGAAGGGUGAAAUUAAGGAAGGACUAUCUCUAGAACAACGUAAUUUUCACAUCAAAUAAUUGGUGAUAGACAACGUAAUUUUCACAUCAAAUAAUCGCUUUUGGCUCAAGGCUUACCCGCACCUUGUGGCCCCCCUUUCCCCACUAUGGGGUUUGGGUUAUAGUAAGUCGGGUAUUAGGCCGAGAGAAAGAAGAGAGGCGUGAAGGAACGAAAAAGAAAAGAAAAGACGAGCUUGCUCUUCCUUGACCGAAUCCUUGACCCACCUAAUCUAUAAUCAUCUUCUAAUAUUAAUGUAAUCAACAGGAUAACCUUUACUUUAAUAAUAAUGGUCUCAUUUUUUGUUCCCGCUAUUUCGAAACAGCGACGAUAAUAACAAAUAAAAUACCCGCCUCUUGCGCAGAUGAGACUGAGGCCUCUGGAGCUGCGCCCACCCAUUGCCCCCGACCUGAGCAUGGAUUAGCUUCAGAUCUAUUGGUCCUCAACAGGUCGGUGUCAGGUGCAAUCUGGGCCAGAUUCAGUGGCAAGCAAUGUCACAGUAUCAGUUCAGCGGUCUUAUCAACGUGUGAAGCGGAAUGAUUGAAGAAUCUCUAACAUUUACAGGAUAGCCUUUACUUUAAUAAUAAUGGUCUCAUUUUUUGUUCCCGCUAUUUCGAAACAGCGACGUUUUUUCCGAGAUACGUCUUCCCGAGUACAAGUACAGGACUAGUACUAGUAGCCAUUUUGGCUCAAUCUUGAUAAUCUUCUAGCGCUUGUUCACCUAAUCUAAUCAUCGUCUAAUCUGUUAUGGCAUGCCAUCUGGGCAUGUGCUGGUUACCGGUACAGUGAUGAGCUGGGUUUCGCUGGAGGUUUUUUUUCGGUCGACUGACGGCUCAGGAAUGAAUUACCCAUGGCUGUUGGCUGCAUUAUUGACAUGUACUGAAUGAGCCGUGUAGUACCUAGUAGACUUGUUACGCUUUUAGCAUCGUUGUUGAUCGACGUACUAUCUAAAACUUGUUCGAAUGCUUUGAGUAUCGUUCGCGUUGUUGAUUUUGACUUCUACAACAGGCUGAAUAUAUCUUUUGAAUAUUCGAUAAUCACAAUUGUGGAAAAUCUUAGUUACUACUACAACCCUACAACUAGGUGGUCCAGUACCAUGGGCACGGGUGCAUAACAAAGAUCAUACGUUGGCACAAGUCAUUGUCGCUUUCGUCAUGGCGAUGGUGCUUGGGGUGAUAUUAAGGCUACAGCCACUUCUUGGUUAGAUAUCAGGAUAUAUAACUACUUGUGUUUCUACUUAAUCUCAGAUGUCUAGAAACUUGAAUGAAUGUCUAGAAUGUCUAGAAUGUCUGUCCAUGAAUGAAUGAAUGUCUAGAAACUUCUUCAUCUCAAAAUCUGAUGAAAUUUCUCAGUUUUCUCUUCUUUCCUCUUCACCUUCGUUGUGAGCAUCAUGAGUUAUCGGUCUUGAUUGAUCGAUUAUAUCAAGAAGAUAAGCAUCAAAAGACUAUGAUCUCCAACUACUGCGUUCCGCAUUCGCACGGAAAAUUUCCCUGACCAUUGGUAUCCCUGGGAUUUACCAGCAAAAUUAUGGCCUUGUCAGAGGAGAGUCGUUGUCAAUUUAAUUAGUACCGUCAAUAAUCAGUACCGUUCUCAAGUGAAUGGAAUGUAUUAAAGGAUAAUUAUGUUAGAACCCUUAGUUAUUUCACGGAUCUGUGAUUCGUUGUCAUAAACGGAGCUCCUGUUUUGUCAAGAAAUGAUAGAAAUUUCAAAAAGUUGUGCUACAAAAUAUAUGUGGACCCGCCCUUCUCUAAUAUCGUCCUCUGCGGUGGGUCAAGAAGCCGAAGCAGUGACCGAAAAUGUCAUAUAGCGCGACUUUCAUAACGGCUUUUGUUGGGGAUUGUCGAAAAUACAGAAGAUACAGAUAGCAGCUCUUCAUUGCUUCUGAUAGUCGUUCUUGAUAGUAUACCCCACGAUUGGGUACACUACUA